CUGAGCGUGCCUAGCGGAGCGGAGCCAGGAGCCUGAGCAAGAUGAUGAUGGUUAUGCAGCCCGAGGGUCUGGGGGCCGGGGAGGGGCCCUUCUCGGGCAGCGGGGGCGGCGAAUACAUGGAACAGGAGGAGGACUGGGACCGCGACCUGCUGCUGGACCCUGCCUGGGAGAAACAGCAGCGGAAAACCUUCACUGCAUGGUGCAACUCACAUCUGCGCAAGGCGGGCACUCAGAUCGAGAACAUCGAAGAGGACUUUCGCAAUGGCCUCAAGCUCAUGCUGCUCCUGGAGGUCAUUUCCGGAGAGAGGCUGCCCAGGCCAGACAAGGGCAAGAUGCGCUUCCACAAAAUCGCCAAUGUCAACAAGGCCCUGGACUUCAUUGCCAGCAAAGGGGUUAAACUUGUGUCCAUCGGUGCUGAAGAGAUUGUUGAUGGGAACCUGAAGAUGACCCUGGGCAUGAUCUGGACCAUCAUCCUCCGCUUCGCCAUCCAGGACAUCUCUGUAGAAGAGACUUCUGCCAAAGAAGGCUUGCUUCUGUGGUGCCAGCGGAAAACAGCACCGUACCGCAAUGUUAACGUACAGAACUUCCACACCAGCUGGAAGGAUGGCCUGGCCCUUUGUGCUCUCAUUCACCGCCACCGGCCAGAUCUCAUUGACUAUGCCAAGUUGCGCAAGGAUGACCCCAUCGGCAACCUGAACACUGCCUUUGAGGUGGCGGAAAAAUACCUGGACAUCCCUAAGAUGUUGGAUGCAGAAGAUAUCGUGAACACUCCAAAGCCAGAUGAGAAGGCCAUCAUGACCUAUGUUUCCUGCUUCUACCAUGCAUUUGCUGGAGCUGAGCAGGCAGAGACAGCUGCCAACAGGAUCUGCAAGGUGCUGGCUGUGAACCAGGAAAACGAAAAGCUGAUGGAGGAAUAUGAGAAGCUGGCCAGUGAGCUGCUGGAGUGGAUCCGCCGCACUGUCCCAUGGCUGGAGAACCGAGUGGGUGAACCCAGCAUGACUGCCAUGCAGCGCAAGCUAGAGGACUUCCGGGACUAUAGGCGCCUGCACAAGCCUCCCCGUGUGCAGGAGGAGUGCCAGCUGGAGAUCAACUUCAACACGCUGCAGACCAAGCUGCGCCUGAGCCACCGGCCCGCCUUCAUGCCCUCCGAGGGCAAGCUGGUUUCGGACAUCGCCAAUGCAUGGCGGGGGCUGGAGCAGGUGGAAAAGGGCUAUGAGGACUGGCUGCUCUCAGAGAUCCGGCGCCUACAGCGGCUUCAGCACCUGGCUGAGAAAUUCCAGCAGAAGGCCUCCCUGCAUGAAACCUGGACCAGGGGAAAAGAGGAGAUGCUAAAUCAGCACGACUAUGAGUUGGCUUCGCUGCAGGAGGUGCGUGCAUUGUUGCGGCGCCAUGAGGCCUUUGAGAGCGACCUGGCCGCACACCAAGACCGCGUGGAGCACGUCGCCGCCCUCGCCCAGGAGCUCAAUGAGCUGGACUAUCAUGAGGCAGCAUCUGUGAACAGCCGCUGCCAAGCCAUCUGCGACCAAUGGGACAACUUGGGCACGCUGACCCAGAAGAGGCGGGAUGCACUAGAGAGGAUGGAGAAGCUCCUGGAAACCAUUGACCAGCUGCAGCUGGAGUUUGCCCGACGGGCAGCACCUUUCAACAACUGGCUGGAUGGGGCUGUGGAGGACCUACAGGAUGUGUGGCUGGUGCACUCUGUGGAGGAGACCCAGAGCCUUUUAACAGCACAUGAACAGUUCAAAGCAACGUUACCUGAGGCUGAUAGAGAGCGAGGUGCCAUUCUGGGCAUCCAGGGUGAGAUCCAGAAGAUCUGCCAAACAUAUGGACUGCAGCCAAAGUCUACCAACCCCUACAUCACCCUUAGCUCACAGGACAUCAACAAUAAGUGGGACAUGGUCCGAAAGCUUGUGCCUAGCCGUGACCAGACACUGCAGGAAGAACUGGCACGGCAGCAGAUGAAUGAGAGACUCCGGAGACAGUUUGCGGCCCAGGCCAAUGCUAUAGGACCCUGGAUCCAGGGAAAGGUGGAGGAGGUGGGGCGGCUGGCAGCUGGGCUGGCCGGCUCUCUGGAGGAGCAGAUGGCGGGAUUGCGGCAGCAGGAACAGAACAUUAUCAACUACAAGAGCAACAUUGACCGGCUGGAGGGUGACCACCAGCUGCUGCAGGAGAGCCUGGUCUUUGACAACAAGCAUACUGUGUACAGCAUGGAGCACAUUCGUGUGGGCUGGGAGCAGCUACUCACCUCUAUUGCCCGUACCAUCAAUGAGGUAGAGAACCAAGUACUGACCCGAGAUGCCAAGGGCCUGAGCCAGGAGCAGCUCAAUGAGUUCCGAGCAUCCUUCAACCACUUUGACCGGAAGCGAAAUGGGAUGAUGGAACCUGAUGACUUCCGAGCUUGCCUCAUCUCCAUGGGUUACGACCUGGUGAGUCCCCCUAAUUGCUCCCAGAAAUACCAUCAGAGUACCCCUCUCCUCCAAUGA